UUAAUAACAAUUCAUCAGUUCCUAUAAUUUUAUCUAAUACAAUACCUAGUGAAAAUUUAACUAUAUAUAAAAAAGUAUUAGAUCAUUUAGAUUUUAUUGCGCAAAGAUUAGGUUAUCCUGAUGACACAUCUUGUGAUCCUGAUGUUUUGAACAACUUUAUUGAAAAAGAAUUGUAUAACAGAUUAGGCUAUUCAAAUUUUAAUAUACAAUCAAAAAAAUUGUACACUACAAAAAAGUCUACAAAAACUAGGAAAAAAACUGUUGCAAGAUACUGUUCAAUGUGUGGAAACACUGGUUAUACAAAAACUAAUUGCCCUAAAGCUAAAAAAGUUAAUAAUAUUUUACAAUAUGGAUAUAUAGACCAAAGCCAAUCAGAAGAUAAUGAAAGCGAUCAAAGGGUUUCUAUAAAGAAGAGUGCUACUGGAGGAUAUAGCAAAGCUAGUUCUACUAAACCAAAAACUAGUAAAAAAACUAUUAAUGAAAAUCAGAUAUUUUUAGAAUCUGUUAAACAUAUAUUAACAAGAUAUAUUUCACAAUGCUCUAAAGAAAUUCUUAUUGAAAUAUAUACAGAUUUUAGUAAAUUGUUUCCUGAAAUGAAAGACUCAUUUUAUUCAUAUCAUUCUAAAAACUAUUCAAAUAAAGAAGUAGACAAAGCAUGGGAAAAUAUAACAAAAAAAUAUCAAUUUAUUCUAGAACCAUUUUUCAUUGCAUGCUCAGAAAAAGAUACUGGCAUAUCUUUGACUUCAAGCAAUUAUUGUGAGAAGGCACAGUCUCUAAAUUAUGCUAUAAAACAAUAUCAAGAGGCUCAAUUAUAUUGA